AUGCUCAGGCUCAUCUCCAAAUCGUCAAAAUCUCUGAUAAAUUACUCUGUUCCAAUUCAAAUUUCGCAUCUACCCAAGCUUUCCGGCGGCUCUGCUCACGCGCUGCCUGGCACAACGAGCCUUUACUCAUCCCUACCUUUUGCGAAUUCAUCGGAGUCUGCAACUUUCGCAGGUUUUAGUCGCCAGGAUUUGAUCGGUGGAGUGAGAAGCUACUGCGGUGAGUCAGUGAACAGAGAGUCUCUGAAUUAUGAUGUGGUGAUUGUUGGGGCGGGCCCUGCUGGACUAUCGGCGGCCAUAAGGUUGAAGCAGCUGUGCAAAGAAAAAGAUGUUGAUUUGUCGGUGUGUGUUGUCGAGAAAGGAGCUGAAGUAGGUGCUCAUAUAUUAUCGGGGAAUGUUUUCGAACCUAGAGCACUGGAUGAACUUCUUCCAAAUUGGAAAGAGGAGGAGGCGCCUGUUCACGUCCCUGUUUCUUCUGAUAAGUUUUGGUUGCUUUCUGAAACUCGUACUUUUCCCCUUCCAUCUCCGUUCAAUAACAGCGGAAAUUACGUCAUUAGUUUAAGUCAGUUAGUACGUUGGUUGGGAGUGAAGGCUGAAGAAUUAGGAGUUGAGAUAUACCCUGGGUUCGCAGCUAGUGAGAUACUAUAUGACACAACUGACAAGGUAGUUGGCAUUGCUACCAAUGACAUGGGAAUUGCUAAAGAUGGCUCUAAGAAAGACAACUUUCAGCCUGGUGUAGAAUUACAGGGACGUGUGACUCUGUUCGCUGAAGGUUGUCGAGGAUCUCUAUCUGAGAAAGUAAUCCGAAAAUACAACUUGCGAGCGAAAGGGAACGGGCAACAUCAGACAUAUGCUUUAGGAAUUAAAGAGGUUUGGGAAAUCCCUGAAGACAAGCAUCGUGCUGGCACCGUGCUCCACACGAUUGGUUGGCCUCUCGAUUCCAAGACAUAUGGGGGUUCUUUCGUAUAUCAUAUGCAGGAUAGACAGGUGGCCAUUGGAUACGUUGUUGCAUUGAAUUAUCGUAAUCCUUUCUUGAACCCUUAUGAAGAAUUUCAGAAAUUUAAGCAUCACCCAGCCAUUAAACCCAUCCUUGAAGGAGGUACAGUUCUCGAGUAUGGGGCUCGCACGUUAAAUGAAGGAGGUUAUCAGUCGAUCCCCUAUCCAGUUUUCCCGGGUGGAGCAAUCAUCGGAUGUUCAGCUGGGUUCUUAAAUGUACCGAAAAUAAAAGGAUCACACACUGCAAUGAAAUCAGGUAUGUUAGCAGCCGAAUCUGUAUUCAGUACCCUCCAUGAAGGGGCAUCAUUAGAGGCGUUCUGGGAAAGCUUAAGAAGUUCGUGGAUAUGGAACGAACUUCACCGUGCCAGAAACUAUCGCCCAGCGUUUGAUUAUGGUCUCUUUCCUGGUUUAGCAUUAAGCGCUCUAGAACAUUAUAUAAUGAAGGGAAGAUCACCAUGGACACUGAAGCAUGGAAAGCCCGACCAUGAGGCGACUGAUGAAGCACAACAGUGGAAGCCCAUUGAUUAUUCAAAGCCUGAUGGUGUUGUAUCUUUUGAUAUACCGACCUCUUUGUACCGGAGCAACACAAAUCACGAUCACGACCAGCCAGCUCACCUUCGUUUGACAGACCCAAAAAUUCCUGAACUUGUAAACUUGCCUGUGUAUGCUGGACCAGAAACCAGAUAUUGCCCAGCACGUGUUUAUGAGUAUGUACUGGAUGAAACAGGUCAAUCAAAGCUGCAAAUCAGUGCUCAAAAUUGCUUGCACUGCAAGGCUUGUGAUAUUAAGGAUCCAAAGCAGAACAUAAAGUGGACAGUGCCAGAAGGUGGAGGCGGACCGAGCUACACAGUCAUGUAA